AUGGCAGAAAUACAGCGCUGGCUGGCACGUGUGUCAAUCGGCACUGGUUGGUGUCUUACAUUGUUUCUUAUUCGUGUCAUCGGAACUCGUUUAUUAUUUUAUAAGGCUACAUUAAAUGAAAAUUUAAUUAUUAAUGUUGUAUUUAAAAACGAUGAUCCGAGCGAAGUGACACCCGUCUUAAGAUAUGCACCACCAAAUAUGUCAAAAUCUCCAUCAAGAUUAUUUCCAUGGUCGCUCGAUCUUGCUGAUGCAGAAGAUCGAAUACACAUAAUGGAAAUGCUAGAUAAAAUACAACAAAUUCUCAUCGAAAAAUACACAACAAAAACAGAAACACGAAAAGAAAGCCUAAAUGUAAUCUGGAAAACUGUUUCUCUGUGUCGAAUUUUUGUUAAAUUCCAGUGUUUUUCUUCUGUAAUUUUUUUGCUGUGUUGUUUGUAUAAUUACAGAAAAAGUUGGCUAACAGUUGAUGGAGGAGGAGUCAGUUCAAAACACGGGGCUCAGAGAAAUCAUACUCCACAUGUUUUUUUGAAAGAAAACAACUCGAGGCUGUUGUCUACCUUUCCUACUACUAAAUCUACAUGAUCUGAUCUUCCCACAUCUGUAUUGAUCUAAGGCGCUGUUAUGGGCGGUUAGAUGUUGAUAGACAUCGACUCGGUAUAUCGAAAAUGUUAAUACCAAAAUGAAGUUGAACAAAAUGAAAGAAAACUUUCUCCCUCAGGUUUUUGAUAGAGGACAAGGAUAUUUUUUUGACGCUUCUUUCGUUUGAGAUUUUUGUUCAGUUCAUCAUUAUUAUCUUGUGUGGUGCCUAGUUUUUGAGUUUUCAAAAAAUAUUCUUGGUAGAAAUAAUUCAAAAUCGCGGAAUACCUCAUCACUCAAUUUUCUUGAUCGUUCCGCCACUUCAGCAAUAAACAACAUUGGUACUGACAGAUACUUCGACAAUGACACUGUUUUGACGGUGGCAAAGCUAGUGUUUGGGCACACUAAACAAUAUAUAUUGAUAAAAGCAGUUCAUAAAGUUAUUUAAAGCGUGAAAUAAUACAGUAUUUCACAUUUUAUUUUAGUAUUUCACACAAAAUUUUAUACAGUAUAUUCACAUAAUCAAUAUACUAUAUUUUUAAAAUAACGUAAAAAAAUCAAAGAAAUCUGCGAGUAAUGAAACUUCUAGAAUAUAGAGAAUCGAUAAAACAUAUUUUAACAGUUCAUGGACGGUUAUAAGACAUCCAGAAAGCGCUUUAGAUUUAUAUUGGGUUACGACCUUUCCGAGUCAAAUCAGACAAAUUCACAAUAAUAUGAAGAAUAUAACUAAAACAAAGUUAAACAUCAUCUUUACACACAAAGAAAUUAUAAAAAGUAAAUAAUAAAUGUUAAAUUUGAUAGAGGAAGCUCACUUCACAAUAUGAUAAUAUAAACUAGAGGCGGAAAAAACCUAUGCUAAACAGAAAGUUUCGCUGACUAAGCUCCUAGGUUCAACUAAUCAUAGAAGAUAUGAUGAAAUGGAUAACUAAUAAUCCAGCAUCUAAGGAAACCUAUGUCAGGAACCCGGGAAGUUUCCAGAUAGCUGUCGGAUUUCAGCCAGUAUCUGCGAGGCUCUGGAAGGGAAACGUCAGAUGAACAUAAUUAUCAGUACCUACGAGCAGCAUAGCCCGUCAGAAAUGAAUGGAAACAUAGGUUAUCGACUAUGCUGAAUGUCAUGGCAAUGUUAGUUUUCAGAACAAAAUGUAAGAACCGAGUGAAAACCUAUACUAGGUCAAAUAACCCAUUUUUGAUUAUUUUCAUCAAAAAUUAAAAAAUUCAUAACUCAGUCAAAAUCCAUCCAACCUACUUGAGAAUGU